AGGCGGAAUUGGUGAGCACUGGAAGUUUCAGACUGUGGAUGAGAGGUGGACUAUGAACAAGUUCAACAAUUUAGUCUUUCCGCGUGGUUCCAAGACCUAUGCAGAGUAUGGUGUACUACUUAUAAGAAAGCCGAAUAGAGUUUUGCAAUGCCAGGGUGCUCAAAGUAACACAGGACUCGUAUUCAGUCGUGCUGGUAGUUGAGCCUGAAACUGCUUACUAAAGGCAGGGUUGGAACCCGUUACAUAAAACACGUUUUGGGGGGAAAAUUGCGGCUUGGAAACUGGAAACCAUCUCUGCUGACAGAACUGAUCCACAGAGCAGAGGGACUUUCAAAGGAACUUUUGUCCUUCGUGUAGCAACAGCACAUACCAGGCUGUUUACAGCCUUCCUCCCCUUCUCAAGACUGAUAGAGAUAAGUCUGGGGGAAAAAGACAAACUUAGCAUAGCUACAGUUACCAGAGCUCACAUUUAUAUUUAAAACAGACACUGAUAGUUUGCUGACCGCUUGAUCUCAACAAACUGAACUAUGAUAGAGCAUAGAAGCAACUCGGAGAGCACUGAGACUAUGCUGGUGGGGGACUCAACCGAUUCCGGAGAUACGGACCAGGAGUUGGCUGCUUCCCCGACUCCCGGCUCCCCGGCAUCCGCUGGAGAUAAACUGGACGCCGCCUGGUGCAAAACCCCCACCGGCCACAUCAAGAGACCAAUGAACGCGUUCAUGGUCUGGUCGCAGAUUGAGAGGCGUAAAAUCAUGGAACAGUCGCCGGACAUGCACAACGCCGAGAUCUCCAAGAGACUGGGUAAACGUUGGAAGCUCCUGAAAGACAGCGACAAGAUCCCCUUUAUUCGAGAGGCGGAGCGUCUCCGACUGAAGCACAUGGCUGACUAUCCGGACUACAAGUACCGGCCGAGAAAGAAAGUGAAGUCGAGCGGCUCCAAGCCUGGUGAGAAGGGAGAGAAAAGUGGUAGCAGCGCCGGACCUAAAACCUCAUUGAAAAAAAACGGCGGGACGAAAUCGUACAGCAAAACGCAGAAGGUGGUUCCGGGGAGCGCAAAAUCUGCUCUCUCUGAACAGGUCUCGAAUGCUGUCCCUACCGAUCAUCAUUCGCUAUACAAAUCCAGAUCUGUCUCGGCUGCAAAGCAAAUCCCAGACAAGAAAACGAAGCGGGUUUAUGUUUUCGGGGGGAACAACCACAGCGUUAGUCCAUCUUCAGCAGCUGUUCCUGCCAGUCCCACCCUGAGCAGCUCUGCAGAGUCCAGCGACCCUCUAAGCUUUUACGAGGACGGGGCGGUAAGUGGCAAGGCAGGCGCUGAGUCUCCUGGCGCGUCAUCAGACCGCUUCAGGUACUCCAGUAUGCGGGCAUCUUCUCCGACACCCUCCGCUUCGCUCUCGUCAUCUUCGCAGUCUUCUUCAUCGGACGAGGAGUUCGAAGACGAGUUACUAGACCUUAAUCCCAGCCCCGGUUUUGAUAGCAUGUCGCUGGGGAGUAUCAGCUCAUCGGUUUUGGACAGAGACUUGGAUUUUAAUUUUGAGUCAGGCUCGGGGUCUCACUUCGAGUUCCCCGACUACUGCACUCCCGAGGUGAGCGAAAUGAUUUCAGGGGACUGGUUGGAGUCGACUAUUUCCAACUUGGUAUUCACUUACUGAAUGACACGUAUGCCUUGUACAAGAGGAAUAACUACCUUUACUCUAAAUAAAGGGAUUCUUUAAAGGUGAGUUUGAUAGAUUGGUCCCGAUUGAGAAAGUGGGACAAGACGCGCCAAUGAACUAAGCGAACGCUUAUGUUUCACUCCAGUGACCAAGGACUGUGGGUAGCGGCUGGAAAGAAAGCAGAAGAAAUUGCUUUGCUUGCCCAUUUGGCAGGAGAAGAGAGGGAGAUGUCAUUGAACUCUGAUUAGAAAGGACUGUGAUAUUGUUAAAACGGUCAGAACGAGAAAAGAUUGCUUUGCACGUAAAUUAAGGCAGACUUAGGUCAGAUCCUUUAAUCAAUGUAACUUAAAAGGAACAUUUUAAGAACUUUUUUUGAAUAGCCAAGUGAACUACAUUGAGGUACAGAAAUGUGCCAAAUUACGCUGUUUUCCGGCGUAAUAGAUUUAUUGAUCAGGUUCGUUGGCUUAAAAUAAUUUUGAACAGACAUGAGCGCUUUACUUCUCUCGGUGAGAUUUCAAUAAGGCUGUUGAACAGUAAAAACAAACAAACAAAAACAACAAGGGGUAGGUGUAUUUAAAAGGAAUGAACGCGCGAUGGCUAAUUCAUAGAAUGGCGACGAUCACCAGCUUUUUUCAUCCUUCAGGAUUCAAACGCAACUCAAAUCUGUGUUGAACUUUAUACACUUCAAUUCAGGACCAAAAUUCUUAAGGGUUACUUUUCCAUCCUCGUGUUUUCUUCUUUGUACCAUGUAUCUAGAUGACAUUUUUAUAUGGAUGUAUUUAUACUGGCCAAGCAUUUUUACUGUAAUUUUUGUUGACGUAGAUCUUGUUGUGUAUAACUGCACCGUCUGUUUCCUUCACUGAAGGGCUAGUUUGACCUUUUUUUAUUUAAAAGUAGACUUCGGACACUUAAAAGAGAUUAAACGUUUCGUUAUUUUCUAAGUGUAUUUUUGUACAAAAAUAUAAAGGGGGUGUCAAUCGGUGUAUAUCGCUGUUUGGAUUUCCUAUUUUUAAGACCAGGGGGCUGGUUAUGUCAGAAUCGGCCUCCUAUCCAUGUUUACAGUAUCAAUCUGCAGGCUUCUUAAAGACACAGUAUCUCAAUUUUGAAUAGCCCUGUUCGCAACCAUGUGCAUGGAGCCAUAGACACAAGUUUUUCACGCAGCUUCGUCUGCCGUUUGUUUUUGCAUCUUGCCCAGUGGGAGAUACUGCAGCUUUAAACAUUUCUCUUUAUGUAAAGUGGUAGAGUUCGGUUUAAACCACUGGAUGGAACAAGAAACACAUUCUAAAUGCCUCUGAGUUCGCAACAACUAUGUACCGCGGUUCUCAUUGUAUCAGAACAUGUAAUCUAUUCUACUUGUUAGCUAAAUUAUAGCUACUUGUCUUAGUAUCUUAUGGCAUGGUGAAUAACAUUUGUAUUUCUGAUUCAGGUUUGAGUAGAGCAGUUGGUUAAGAAAAAGAGCAUCAACGUGAAAACAUCUUUGUACAUUUUAUUGUAUUAUAUGCAAAGAUUACCUGUUUAUGUAUGUUGAGAUAUAACAUGAAAGGCUCUAGAACAGCCAUCUUUAUAAAUCCUCACGUGCAUUUAAAGUUGCUGUUGUUCAUGUUCUUAUACGUAUACAAUUUAAUUUGUGACUUGUGUUCAUUCAUUCUGUGCAAUAUGCUUUGUAGAGUAUUGUUUGACUAAUCAUGCCAUAUCUCAACAUUUGAGUAAAAAAAAAAAAAACAAACAAAAAAAAAAAACUCAAUGCCAGCCAAUUGUGUUACGUCACUGCCUGUCAGGUCUUCUGUAAAUAGAUUUUUUUUUUCCCAAGAAGGAAAUAAAAUCAGCUGGAACUGAACCCAA